AUGAAAAGAAAGAAGAAGAAAAUAGCUCUCUUAGUUGACAACUGCACUCCUCACAACAAUCCUCCAAGUUUGAAAAAUAUAAAAUUGUUUUAUUUUCCCCCAAAUUGCACGUCGAGUCUACUGCCAUUAGAUUUGGGAAUAAUAAAAUGUUUCAAAGGAUACUAUCGAACAACAAGAUUAAUUCAGAACGUUGUUUAUAAUCUGGAUAAUAAACUCCCAAAUCCUUAUGCAGUUGAUGUGAAAAAUGCAUGUGAUUGGAUUUCCGGAGGGUGGAAUUCAUUGGCACAAUCCACCAUCCAAAAUUGUUGGAAGAAAGCUUCUUUCUUUGAGGAAAAAAACAACGGAAACGCAGAAACUGAGCUUACUGAAAUCACUGAUGAAGAAGAAAAAUGUUUGGCAGGCCUCAAUUCGAUUGUCAGUGAUUUCCAAAGAUCAUCUAAUACAUCAUUUCUAUUUAACGCAGAUGAAUUUUUUAAUUUAGAUAAUGAUGUGUUGGUUUUCAGUGGUGCAAGUGAUGAAGAGAUUUUAGCAGAAGUUAUCCCGGAGAUUUUAGCAGAAGUUAUCCCGGGUGAUCAAAGUGAUGAGGAAGAAGCAGCUGACUAUUCUCAAAACAGGACUCAAAUUUCACCCGAGAAUGCCAUAUUGCUAAUUAACACUUUGCAAGAUUUUGUUGCAACAUUUCCAAAUGUAACUGAUGUUCAUUUGAAUUCAUUAGAUGGACUGAAAUCUAUGAGCAUGGAAAUGGCAAUUGCUUCCAAAAAUAACCAAACAAAACUAACCGAUUAUUUUUCUAAAUAA